AUGGGGACCGAACGACGCCGCUUCAACCUCAACAAGGCCGUGCUCAUCUUUGUGACUGCCAAGUUAUUGAUAGGUCUGACAGAUAUUCAUGCUGGGGAGAAGGGAUUACAGACUCCGGCAAGCCAGAAGGAUGUGGGUGCAUCGCAGCCCAAGCCCAACAGUAAAAGAAAUAAGAGACAUAAUAAAGAGAAUAGAAAGUGUAAUGCCAAGAAGAGAGACAAAGUUAAAUUGAUAUUGACUAAUUGCCAGAGUGUAAGAUCCAAAGCUGGUGAUAUCGAAGUGCUCAUCGACUCCGUUAAACCAGACUUCAUCUGUGGAACAGAAUUGUGGCUAGACCCAGAGGUUAAUAACAGUGAAAUCUUCCCAGACAACCACUCUAUCUUCAGGAAAGAUCGUGAACAGCUAAAGACUGGAGGUGGAGUCUUCCAAGCAGUGAAGGGGGAUUUGAUUACAACGCACUGCAGUGAACUUAACUCUGAUUGUGAAAUAUUAUGGACUGAAACAAAAAUAAAGGGGUGUAGACCCUUGCUUGUGGGAGUCUUCUACCGUCCACCGAAUGACAGCAAUGGUGAAGCAAUCGACCACCUGGCGCAAUCCUUUACAAGGUUAGGAAAUAAGAUCAAUUCUCACAAUGUCAUCCUCACAGGGGAUUUUAAUCUACCCAACAUCUCGUGGGAUGAUCAUGUUGUCUCCAGCAGGAGUGGAUACAGCACCAGAGCAGCUGAUAAGCUUGUCACUCUAGUGGAAGAAUUGGGACUUACUCAGCAUGUCACCCAACCUACAAGAAUUCAGGGAAACACAGAAAACAUCUUGGACUUGAUCUUCUCCAAUAACCCUGAAAUACAACUGAAACAAGAAAACUCGGGAGUAGCAGAUCUCCAGCAAGGGGAGAAGACUGUAAGCAACGACACAGACAAGGCAAACGUUUUGAAUGAACAAUUCCGGAGCGUUUUCACCAACGAGCCUCCUGGAUUAGCACAGUCCCUUGGCAACAGCCCUUACCAGAAGAUUGGACAUCUCAACAUUACUAGGAAAGGGGUCGAAAAGCUGCUCAGCACGCUGAAGACCAACAAAGCACAAGGGCCGGACGGCAUUCCACCGUGGUUCCUGAAGAUCGGAGCUGAGCAGCUAUCUGCACCUUUGCAAGACCUGUUCCAAUCUUCCAUCAACACUGGAAUAGUACCGCAAGAAUGGAGAGACGCCAACGUAGCCGCCAUCUUCAAGAAGGGGAGCAGGAAGAGUGCUGCAAACUACAGACCUGUCUCGUUGACAUCAGUAUUGAGUAAAGUCAUGGAACACAUCAUACAUAGCCACGUAAUGAAACACCUAGAAAAUCAACAUAUCCUAUCAGACUUCCAACAUGGGUUUCGUGCUAAAAGAUCUACUGAAACGCAGCUAAUUCUCACAAUCAAUGAUAUUAGCCAAGAACUGGAUAGAAAUAAGUUAGUCGACAUGGCAGUGCUUGAUUUUACAAAAGCUUUCGACAAGGUCCCUCAUCGUCGCCUAAUCUCUAAACUACAAUAUUAUGGUCUUGAGGGAGAAAUCACUUCUUGGGUGAGAAGUUUUCUGAUGGGCCGCACACAACGAGUUGUCAUCAAUGGUCAUUCAUCUCUACCUGCAUCUGUUACAUCUGGCGUACCGCAGGGUACAGUGACCGGCCCACUAUGGUUCUUGUUGUACAUUAACGAUCUACCAAACAACAUGGCCUGCACAACCAGAUUGUUCGCAGACGACUGUUUGCUGUAUACAGCCGUAUCAGCUGAUCAAGAUACCAGCGUACUGCAGAAAGAUCUUAGACAACUGGAAAGCUGGCAAGACACAUGGCUGAUGAACUUCAACCCAACCAAGUGCUGUACCAUGACCAUUGGUAAGAGAAACCCCCCUCAUCACAAGUAUAACUUUUGUAACCAUAGUCUCGAGAGUGUGUCUUCUCAUCCAUACCUGGGUGUUCACAUAUCGAAUACAUUGAGCUGGAAUACUCAUACUCAGGCAGCUACCAAGAAAGCCCAGAGAAUACAGAAUGUAGUCCGCAGGAACUUGUGGAGUUGCAACAAGAAGGUGAAAUCAACUGCGUACCUGGCGUUAGUAAGACCGCUUCUCGAGUAUGCAUCGUCAGCUUGGGAUCCCUCUACCAAGCAGAAUAUCAAGUCCCUAGAACGUGUCCAACGACAAGCAGCCAGAUUCUGUAUUAGCAACUACAGUAGAGAAGAAGGCACAGUCACCAAGGCGCUAAAAGACCUAGGAUGGGAAUCGCUUCAAACUAGAAGGAGAAACCAGAGACUCAGCAUGUUAUACAAAAUGAAGAAUGGACUGGUCGACAUUCCUUUGUAUGACUAUGUACAACUGAAUCCCAGAGAAACCAGGGGGAACAACCAGAAGUUUCUACAACUUCGCCACAAAGCUAGAGCCUACCAGGACUCCUUUUUUGUGUCAACCAUCAAGGACUGGAAUAAUCUCCCAACCUCCAUAGUAAACAGCCCAUCAUUAACCACUUUUAAGAACAAUUUACUUAAACAUUCCCAAUAA